AUGAUACCUGGUACUUCGAACGGUUCGACUCCACCAAAUCCCGACAGAUCUUCGUUUGAGGCCAAAGACUCCAUCGUGCAUCUGCUAGAAGGCAUGAGCCUUCCUAGCCACCUUGUGGAAAGCGUCGAUCUUUCUGGUGAAGGCUUAGGUCUGCCAUCCUCGUUCAAAAUUGCGCAUCUUGCACAAUCGUCAAUAGCUCUCACAGCGCUUCUUGCAUCUACAUACCACUCACUGCGGCCUAAUGGCAAAGUGUCGCGUGUCACAGUGCCCUUGCAGCAUGCGGUCGUGGAGUUCAAGUCCGAACGACUCUACUCCUUAGAUGGUAAACCAGCUCCGAACCCACGGGGUCCUAUUGGCGGCCUCCAUAAGAGCUCAGAUGGUCACGUCCGCUUACACGAUUCAUUUCCGAAUCACAGAGAGGGUACUAAACACCUGCUGGGUUGCUCCGAUAACGCAGACCGUGCGGCUGUCGGUCAGAAGAUUGCUGACUGGACGUCGAUAGACCUAGAGAGUGCAGCUUUCGAGUCGAAACUCGUCAUCAGUGCGCUCAGAAGCUACAAACAGUGGGAUGUUUUGCCCCAGGCAAAAGCCAUCGCUGACUUCCCUAUCUCAAUCACGAAAAUCGUGGACGGCCCUGCUUUUUCACCUACUGGCAACGCUGGAGACAUCGACAAGUGUCUCAGAGGUAUCAAGGUCCUCGAAAUGAGUCGUGUCAUCGCUGCGCCUCUAGCAGGCAAGACUCUCGCUGUACAUGGUGCCGAUGUUCUAUGGAUCACCUCUCCCGAACUUCCGGAUCUGCCAGCCCUGGAUCGAGACUUUGCUCGUGGCAAGCGCACGGCUCAAUUGAACAUCGACAAACCCGAAGACAAGGCUCGCCUGCAAUCCCUCGUUGCCAACGCGGACGUGUUCAUCCAAGGCUUCCGUCCCGGAAGCUUAGCAGCCCGAGGACUAAGUCCAGAUGCGCUAGCAGCACAAAAUCCUCAAGGCAUCAUAUGCGCAAACAUGUCCGCUUACGGUCCUGACGGCCCAUGGUCCGACAAGCGAGGUUUCGACUCAUUGGUACAGACAUGCUCAGGCAUGAACGUCUCCGAAGCUGAGCACUACGGUGCAGGUGAGGCGGCUCGUCCAACACCCUGUCAAGCACUUGACCACACUGGAGGCUACUUCCUGGCCGCUGGCAUCAUCGCCGCACUUUACAAGCGAGCCACUGAAGGUGGAUCGUACAAAGUGGAUGUGAGUCUGGCUGGAGUGAUGAAAUAUCUCAGGAGUUUGGGUCAAUUUCCUGGGAAGUCUGGUUUCGAGUGUAAGGAUAUCAAUUCUUCGACUGAAGUGGCGGAUGAGUACAUGGAGACGAGGAAGUCAGGCUUCGGUUGGAUGGGAUCAUAUGCCAAAGCCAUUGGGUUCUGA